AUGAGGAUACUUUGCGUGGCAGAAAAGCCAGCAAUGUCGAAAUCUCUUGCCCAAAUACUGUCAAACGGACAGUUUAGCUCAAGACCGACAAAUGAUCAAUAUACACGGAACCAUGAAUUCACCUAUAAGCUUCCAAACAAUACUAUGGCUCAUGUUGUGAUGACGGCAGUACGAGGACAUUUGUUUAGUACAGAUUUCCCAUCUAGAUACAGGAAAUGGCAUAGUUGUGCGCCAGUGGAGCUUUUCGAACUAGAAAUUGAGAAAGCUACAUCAAAGGAUUUGACAUCUGUGGAGCAGAAUCUUAGACAGGAGUCACGUUUAGCAGAUCAGGUCAUGAUAUGGACGGAUUGCGAUCGCGAAGGAGAAAAUAUUGGAGCAGAGAUUGCGACUGUAUGUCGACGUCAAAAUCAACGUCUCACUAUUUGUCGAGCUCGAUUCAGUUCAGUUACUCCGGCUGAGGUGCAUCGGGCAAUGCGGAACCCAGUCAUGCUGGAUAUGCGUCAAGCGGAGGCUGUGGAUGCGCGUAUGGAGCUAGAUCUUCGUAUCGGGGCAUCAUUCACAAGAUUCCAAACAUUGAAUCUUCAAAACAGCUUUCCGGCAUUGUUUGAAGGAGUUAUUAGUUAUGGUCCUUGUCAGUUCCCUACAUUAGGAUUCGUUGUUGAUCAAUUUCGGCGGGUCGAGAAUUUUAUACCAGAAAACUUUUGGAAAUUGGAACUAAAGCACAACAAAGACGGACUCGAUACAACAUUUACUUGGCAACGAGGACACUUGUUUGACCAAUUAGUUUGCCUGAUAAUCUAUGAAGCCUGUAUUGAGAUAACGGGACCCAAAGUUGUAAUAACCAAGGUGAAGUCCCAGCCCACAUCAAAAUACCGGCCACUACCACUGACCACGGUUGAACUUCAGAAGAAUGGCUCUAAAUUCCUAUCGAUCCCUUCUGAUGAAGUUAUGACAGCUGCAGAGAGUCUUUAUAUGAAAGGAUGGAUAUCUUAUCCUAGAACUGAGACGGAUCAAUUCGAUGCAAACUACAAUUUGAUGAGUCUUAUUGAAAAACAAACACAUAAUAGUCAGUGGGGCCGAUUUGCACAGCGACUUGUAGAAGGAGGCUAUCGGAAUCCAAGACGAGGAAAAAAUAAUGAUCAAGCCCAUCCACCUAUUCAUCCAGUAAUGCAUACAGAAAACUUGGACGGGAAUGAGAAGCGCGUUUUCGAGUUUAUUACGCGUCGAUUCCUUGCUUGCUGUGCUGAGGAUGCUAAAGGCGAUCAGACGGAUAUUGAAGCCACUAUCCAUACCGAAUCAUUUAAAGCGACUGGAUUGAUUAUCAAAGAGCGCAACUACCUGGAUGUAUAUCCAUAUGAUAAAUGGACAGGGACAGUUCUUCCAAACUUUUCAGAAGGCGAAGAAUUUAUACCGACAGAGUUUUUAAUGAAAAUGGGUGCAACCACCCCCCCUACUCUUUUGACAGAAAGUCAACUUAUCGCGUUAAUGGAUAAGAAUGGGAUCGGCACGGAUGCUACUAUUGCGGAGCAUAUCAAGACUAUUACCAAACGAGAGUACGUUGUUCGAAGCAAGCGUGACAAAGAAUAUGUAUUCACACCGUCGACCCUGGGGAUAGCUCUUGUGGAGGGGUAUGAUAACAUUGGAUUGGAUAUGAGUCUCUCGAAACCAUUCUUGAGAAGUCAACUUGAAAGCAAUCUAAAGCUGAUUUGUUCUGGAAACAAAAGUAAGGAUCAGGUUGUUCGGGAGGCAAUUGAGAUGUACCGCAACGUAUUUGAGAUUGUCAACAGGGAUAAGAGGAUAUUACAAGAGGUAAAAAAAAAAAAAAAAAAAAAAAAAAAAAGGCUAUUUAAUGGACCCUUUGGAUUUGACGAUUACACUGGUGAGCAUAGACUAACGCAUUGGAUGGUUAUAGGCAGUUGA